ACUUGGUAUAAACGGUAGCCGUCCUGCUGUUUGCGCUGGUCGCGAGUUGAUGCAUCCCGCAGUUUCUAGACGUAUACCCCUGCUUGUCUUGUUUCCCAAUCCCGAAGAGAGAGACGCAGACAAGUUCCGUUUUGGCUGUAGCUAUUUGUACGGCUGCUGCCUCUGUUGCUUCUCUAUAUACCUCCCUCUGUGUUGAAGUCAUCAUCAACCAUCCACAACCAUGAGCAUUCCGUAUAGGCGCCUCGACCACUCGAAGCGCGAGAUUCGCCUGCUGGAGAUCAACUCUACCCGCAAUCUCAACGAUCCGGUCGAGUGCAAGCUCAUCACAACUCGCCUGACGGAUGAUCUCGAAUUCAUAGCCCUGUCCUCGUUGUAUGGCGAUGCUGCCCAGACGGAGCGUAUCUGGGUAUCUGGCCAGCCCGUCAACAUCACAGCCCACCUCGCCGGGGCGCUCAAGAACAUCCGAGCCGUCUUCUACCCGACCAUUUCACGACGUUUCCAGCGCACUCCUGCUCGGCGUCCCCACGGCGCUCCUCGAUGGCUGAGACAGCUCUUCGGCAUCAGCAAUGGACCGGCUCUCGAGUCUCGCUCACUCCGCGUCUGGGUUGACCUGAUAUGCGUCGACCAACACGAUGAGAUGGAGCGUCAGCGCCAGACAAUCGAAAUGCGCCAAGUCUACAAGUCAGCCGAGCUGGUGAUUGGUUGGGUUGGCGAGAAGUCCGAGGCCACGGAUGCAACGCUCGAGGUGUUUGCUGAGAUUGAGGACAAGAUGCCCGCUCGCUUUGGAGAUCCUGGUGAUCGUGAAGAGCACCCCGAAGACUAUGCUCCCGAACAUCGCUGGGCCAAGAAUAUCCUGCACAUCUGGCUGCCCAGCAUUCCUGGCGUGGCCCCGUGCGACAUGCCCUAUUGGCAGGGAUAUCUCGACUUCCUCGGCCGCCAGUACUUCCAGCGUCGCUGGAUUUUGGAAGAGCUCUCGCUGGCCCGCUUUCCCUGCUUUCUCAUUGGAGACAGCAUCAUUCCCUGGAAACAGAUCCUUCGCCUGAUUCGAAUGAUGGAGGAGUUCAAACACGAAGAAUCUGAUGUUUACCCAGUGUAUCUCAAAGAUUCAAUCGCCGAAUUGCCCCUCGAGACAGUUCACAAAUUCUUGGACGAGUUUGCACGAAGGGAGGCCCUGGAAGAGGCCAAGAUUCUUUUGGAGGCGGGCAAAAGCAGGGCCACCUCAUCGACACGAUCUAACGAAUAACUUUGACCGCAAGGAAUAUUUAAAAAUCGAUAAUUACCGGAACAAAAAAAAAAAAAUGAAAAUUCAAUUGCGGGAGGGGGAAUUAGCGGCGGCGUCAGCGGUUUCAUUCACAAGAUUGGCAUUUCGCGGGUUUUGGUUGUGAAAGGCAUGGCAGGGACACCAAAGGUUGACUUCAGGCGCGACGAGGAUACCCCAUAGAAAUUUGGUUUACAUGACAAAUAGUUUUCUUUCUUUUUC